AUGUCUAGAUCUGGUGUUUCCGUUGCUGACGAAUCUCUAGCUGCCUUCAACGAUUUGAAGUUGGGUAAGAAGUACAAGUUUGUGCUAUUUGCCUUGAACGACGACAAGACUGCCAUUGUGGUGAAGGAAACCUCCACUGACGACUCUUACGACGCCUUCUUGGAGAAGUUGCCAGAAAAUGACUGUCUGUACGCAGUUUACGAUUUCGAGUAUGAAAUAAGUGGGUCCGAAGGUAAGAGAUCCAAGAUUAUCUUCUACACUUGGUCCCCAGACACUGCUCCAAUCAGAUCCAAGAUGGUCUAUGCCUCCUCGAAGGAUGCAUUGAGGAGAGCUUUGAACGGUAUCUCCACCGAUGUCCAAGGUACCGACUUCUCCGAAGUGGCCUACGACACCGUCUUGGAAAAAGUCAGCAGAGGCGCUGGUUCCCAUUGA